GGGGAAGGCUGCUCGGCCGCUGCAGCGGGGGCAGUCUGCUCAACCCCUCGAUGAGGCCGGGAGGAGACCGCUCUCUCAUGAUGGGUCACCCAGGCAUGCCUCACUAUCCACCCAUGGGGAUGCACCCCAUGGGCCAGAGACCACCAAAUAUGCCACCAGUUCCACAUGGUAUGAUGCCUCAGAUGAUGCCUCCAAUGGGAGGACCACCAAUGGGGCAGAUGCCUGGAAUGAUGCAGUCAGUGAUGCCUGGAAUGAUGAUGUCCCAUAUGUCCCAAGCUACCAUGCAGCCAACGGUCCCGCCAGGAGUGAACAGUAUGGAUACGCAAGCAGGGUCUGGUUCAGGAAAAUACUUAAGCACAUCGAGUCUCCAUUGGAAGUUAAGCACAAUGGAAGGUACAACACCUCCAGGAACUCAGACCGCACAUUCGGUAGUCUGUUCAGCCCAGCAAACCACCACAGUCAACAGUUCGGUAACUGAAGACCAGUCUAAACAGAAAUCUGUAUGGACUGAACAUAAAUCACCUGAUGGAAGAACUUAUUAUUACAAUACUGAAACAAAGCAAUCCACAUGGGAGAAACCAGAUGAUCUUAAAACACCUGCUGAGCAAUUAUUAUCUAAAUGCCCUUGGAAAGAGUACAAAUCUGAUUCAGGAAAGCCUUACUACUAUAAUUCCCAAACAAAAGAGUCACGGUGGGCAAAACCUAAAGAACUUGAGGAUCUUGAAGCGAUGAUUAAAGCAGAGGAAAACAGCAGCAAACCAGAAGAAUCAACUCCAACUACAUCUACAGCUGCUAUUGCAACAGAAGUAACCAAUACAACAACCAGCACCACCACUUCUGCAGCUGCUGAAACUGCUGUAGCUGCUACUGCAGCUACUGCCACCCCUGCUGCAACAGCUGCCUCAGAAAGUGAAACUGCUUCUACUACUAGUUCUGCAGCUGCUGCUGCUACUAGUGUUACUGCAACUGCUGCAGAAAAUGAAAGUACAGGUACAGCUACAGCUGAUGAACAAGUGCAGCAAACCAAUGCUACUCCCGUUGUACAGGAACAGAAUGCAGAAACUGUCACAAACACAGUAGAGGAAGGUUUAAAGCAGGAGGGUUCAGCAGAUGCUACUCCCAAAAAAGAGGAGGACGAUGCCCAGCCAGUUAAAAAAACAUAUACGUGGAAUACAAAAGAAGAAGCAAAACAAGCAUUUAAAGAGCUUUUGAAAGAAAAGCAUGUACCCUCAAAUGCCUCCUGGGAACAAGCUAUGAAAAUGAUCAUUAAUGAUCCAAGAUACAGUGCUUUGGCGAAGUUGAGUGAAAAAAAGCAAGCCUUUAAUGCUUACAAGGUUCAGACAGAAAAGGAAGAAAAAGAAGAAGCGAGGUCAAAAUACAAAGAAGCUAAAGAAUCCUUCCAGCGUUUUCUUGAAAACCAUGACAAGAUGACGUCUACAACAAGAUAUAAAAAAGCUGAACAAAUGUUUGGAGAGAUGGAGGUUUGGAAUGCAAUAUCAGAGCGUGAUCGUCUCGAAAUUUAUGAAGAUGUGUUGUUCUUCUUAUCUAAGAAAGAGAAGGAACAAGCCAAGCAGUUGCGAAAAAGGAAUUGGGAGGCUCUAAAAAAUAUAUUGGAUAACAUGGCUAAUGUAACUUAUUGUACCACUUGGUCAGAGGCUCAGCAGUAUCUGAUGGACAACCCUACAUUCGCAGAAGAUGAGGAACUUCAGAAUAUGGAUAAAGAAGACGCUCUCAUCUGUUUUGAAGAACACAUCAGGGCUCUGGAGAAAGAGGAGGAAGAAGAAAAACAAAAGAGUUUGCUGAGGGAAAGGCGCCGACAGCGUAAAAAUAGAGAAUCUUUUCAGAUAUUUUUGGAUGAAUUGCAUGAACAUGGGCAGUUGCAUUCAAUGUCUUCUUGGAUGGAGUUGUAUCCAACCAUAAGCUCUGAUAUCAGAUUCACUAAUAUGCUUGGCCAACCUGGAUCAACUGCACUUGAUCUUUUCAAAUUUUAUGUUGAAGAUUUGAAAGCACGCUACCAUGAUGAAAAGAAGAUAAUAAAAGACAUCUUAAAGGAUAAAGGAUUUAUAGUUGAAGUGAAUACAACUUUUGAAGACUUUGUUGCAGUCAUCAGUUCAACUAAAAGAGCUACAACCUUAGAUGCAGGCAAUAUCAAACUGGCUUUCAAUAGUCUCCUGGAAAAGGCAGAAGCCCGUGAACGUGAAAGGGAAAAAGAGGAGGCUCGGAAGAUGAAGCGGAAGGAGUCUGCAUUCAAGAGUAUGUUGAAACAAGCUGCACCCCCGAUUGAGUUGGAUGCUGUUUGGGAAGAUAUCAGGGACCGAUUUGUGAAGGAACCAGCAUUUGAAGACAUUACUUUAGAAUCUGAAAGAAAAAGAAUAUUUAAAGACUUUAUGCACAUAUUAGAGCAUGAGUGUCAGCAUCAUCAUUCAAAGAACAAGAAACAUUCUAAAAAAUCUAAAAAACAUCACCGAAAGCGAUCGCGCUCCCGUUCGGUAAGCCUUUUUUCUAGAAAACUAUGCAAAAAUGACUCUUACAGCACAUACCCCACUAGGAUCAUGCUGAACUCGGUCUUCUGUUUAAAGGGCUCCGAGUCUGAAGAUGAUGAUAACCAUUCAAAAAAGAAGAGGCAGCGUUCAGAAUCUAGGUCUGUUUCUGAGCGUUCUUCCAGUGUAGAAUCUGAGAGAAGUUAUAAGAAAACAAAAAAACACAAGAAGAAAAGCAAAAAGAGAAGACACAAGUCUGAUUCACCAGAAUCAGAUGCUGAACGAGAAAAAGACAGGAAAGGGGAGAGAGAGAAUGAAAAGGAUAGAAGUAGACAAAGAUCUGAAUCAAAGCAUAAAUCUCCUCCCAAAAAACGGCCUGGAAAAGAUUCUGGUAACUGGGAUACUUCCGGCAGUGAACUGAGUGAAGGGGAAUUGGAAAAACAGAGAAGGACCCUUUUGGAACAACUGGAUGAAGAUCAAUAAGAGAAUUAUUUAUACCAAAUAUGUUUACAGUAUGACUUAAUAAAAUAAACCAAUGUCUAAUUCAGGAUAUGGGUUCUAAUAUGCUGGAUAUGAGUUCCAUUGUUGAAAUAACAGUGGGUUUAAAUUUUACUGCAUCAAGAAAUACAUUCAAGUACCACUCUGGCAGGCCUGGCAUCAAAUCUAAAAAAGAAAAGGAAAUUCAGAGUUAAAGCUGAAAUUCUGUUCUUAAUUGGCUGGAUAACACGUAUCCUUUUUACAUCAUGGAACUAUUUGCAGGGUUUAAUGUGAUUAAUGGAAGACAUUUCACUUUUGACUCUGGGUUCUACUUACAAUGGCCAGGGGAAGUACUGGCACCUUUCUAGCAAAACCACAUCCUAAACACAGUUCUUCCUAGAAAGGUACUAAACCUAGUUCUUCUGGCCAGUGUGGGUGAGCUAAAUUCUCCUCUUUAAUAAAAGAGAUCCAUAAUAUAGUUUCUUGUGGUUCAACUUGCUUUGUGGGUUUGUUUUUAUUUUUUGAAGGGCGGGGGGCUGGAAAGGGGAGGAGAAUAAUGAAUCCAUUUCUUAACUUACAGUACAAAGAAGAAUCCACAAUUGAAGCUGUUGUUUGGGUAUUACAUGACUGGCCAAACUGAUAGUUUUGAUGAUUUGUAUUAAACAGAAAAUCUGACUUCCUGGCUGAGACAUUCUAUAUCAAGUUCAUCUUGGAGUGAAUUUUUAUGGUAAUGUUUUAAACCCCUGCAAAAAGGUGCUUAUGAUGGAAAUGUGAUAGGUAGGCCCUUCAUUACAGUGGCACUAGAGGACACUGCUGUAAUAUAGCCAUCAUUUGUAUUGAAGUAAUACCUGAUAAAUGGCUAAGGGCAUUAUUACAGCAUUUAUUGUCAUGUUAAGGAAAUUUAACAGAAAUCAAAUUGUAAAUUUAUUUCAAUAUGUUGCCUUAAGAAUCUGCUGAAGAAUGUACCACCAAAUUUUUAGUAGUAGUUGCAAUACUCAUGUCUAGAAAAUCAGUGUCGAUCUUUUUCUUUUAAAAAAAAAAAAAAAAAAAUGUCCUGACUUUACCAAUUUUUUUUUUAUAACCUCUGCUUGGAGGAAAAUUCCAUCGUCCCUCUUCAGUGACGGAUAUUAACUACCGUGGUACACAUUCUGAAACCUUUCUGAUUUGAAUAUUUUUGUACAUUUUUAUCGAUUAUUAAACCUUGUCUUCAAG